AUGAUUCCAAAUAUGGAAUAUCUAAAUUUAUCCAACAAUGGUUUUGAAGGUAUUCUCCCAUCCUCGAUAGCUGAAAUGAUUUCCUUAAGGGUGUUGGAUUUGUCUGCCAAUAAUUUCUCAGGAGAAGUACCAAAGCAGUUGCUUGCAACAAAACAUUUGGCGAUUCUAAAAUUAUCAAAUAAUAAAUUUCAUGGUGAAAUAUUUUCAAGGGACUUUAACUUGACUCAGUUGGGAAUUUUGUAUUUGGACAAUAAUCAGUUCACGGGAACUCUGUCAAAUGUAAUCUCCAGAAGCUCUUCAUUGAGGGUGUUGGAUGUGAGCAACAACUACAUGUCAGGUGAAAUUCCAAGCCAGAUAGGCAACAUGACCUAUUUGACUACACUGGUGUUAAGCAACAAUAGUUUUAAAGGCAAAUUACCACUUGAGAUUUCUCAAUUGCAAGGGUUGGAGUUUCUUGACGUUUCUCAAAACGCUAUUUCGGGAUCUCUUCCUUCUUUGAAGAGCAUGGAGUAUUUAAAGCAUCUACAUUUGCAAGGGAACAUGUUUACAGGAUUAAUACCUAGAGAUUUUCUCAAUUCCUCAAAUCUAUUGACUUUGGAUAUGCGAGAUAACAGGUUAUUUGGAAGUAUUCCCAAUUCAAUCUUUGCACUUUUGGAGAUAAGGAUUCUUUUGCUAAGAGGAAACCUUUUCAGUGGUUUCAUUCCAAAUCAUCUUUGUCAUUUGACUGAAAUAAGCUUGAUGGAUCUUUCAAACAACUCUUUUUCAGGGCCAAUUCCCAGAUGCUUUGGCCAUAUCCGAUUUGGGGAGAUGAAAAAGGAGGAGAACGUGUUUGGACAAUUCAUUGAAUUUGAGUAUAGAUGGAAGUCUCUUGCAUAUGCAGGUUACUUGGUGAAAGAUUUGGGCUCCUCGAGUUUAAUAUAUAAUGAAAAAGAUGAAGUUGAGUUUGUCACCAAGAACAGGCGUGACUCCUACAAAGGUGGCAUCCUUGAAUUCAUGUCUGGAUUGGAUUUAUCAUGUAACAACUUGACAGGCGAAAUACCUCAUGAACUUGGAAUGCUAAGUUCGAUUCGUGCAUUGAACUUGUCUCACAAUCAAUUGAAUGGCUCAAUUCCAAAGAGUUUCUCCAAUUUUUCUCUAAUAGAGAGCUUAGACCUUUCUUAUAAUAAUUUGGGUGGAGAAAUUCCUCUAGAGCUAGUUGAACUCAAUUUUUUAGCGGUGUUUAGUGUGGCUUAUAACAACAUCUCUGGUAGAGUUCCAGAUACCAAAGCACAAUUUGGGACAUUUGAUGAAAGCAGCUAUGAAGGCAAUCCUUUUCUUUGUGGGGCACCAUUAAAGAGAAAAUGUAACACAAGUAUUGAGCCACCAUGCGCACCAUCACAAUCUUUUGAAAGUGAGGCAAAAUGGUAUGAUAUCAAUCAUGUUGUUUUCUUUGCAAGUUUUACUACUUCAUAUAUCAUGAUCUUGUUAGGAUUUGCUACCAUCCUUUACAUGAAUCCUUAUUGGCGUCAUAGAUGGUUCAAUUUUAUUGAGGAAUGUAUGUAUUCCUGCUAUUAUUUUGCUUUUGAUAGUCUUUCCAAGUUAUCAACAUAUUUGUAUAAUUAGAUACUUUUAGUUGGAUGAUGUUUGCAUGAUUAACUACUAUUUGUUUCCAUGGGAUAGAAAGAAAUGGGAUGUAUAAUUGCUAUGAGUUGCAACUUACAUACUUCACUCAAAUUUCGA